CAUCAUUCAAUCUCCACCGUCCAUUUCCACACCUUCCCCAUUAUUCCAUUGACGCAAAUACUUGAUCUAACACACUUCAUCUUCAUUGCAUUGUAGGCAGAGGAAAUUCGCAAGCAAGGUUUUUCAUACAAAACCCAAUUGCAUUUCAAUCGAAAUAAACAAAAUCAGAUCUAGAAGAAGGGGAGCAGUCUCCACUCUCACGAAGAAGAAUGGAGACGAAAAAUACAUGUCUUUUGAUAAUAAGUGUACUGUUUGUGAUCGUUUCAAUCGUGGAUGCGACUGCAAACGUGCCUAUAUUGGUGAAGAAGGUGAAAGGGAAGAAAGUAUGUGAUCAGGGUUGGGAAUGUAAAGGCUGGUCAGAGUAUUGUUGCAAUCUUACAGUAACUGACUAUUUUGAUUACUACCAAUUUGAGAAUCUUUUCUCGAAGAGGAAUUCACCGGUGGCACAAGCUGCUGGUUUCUGGGAUUAUAAGUCUUUUAUCACUGCCUCAGCCAUUUACCAACCCCUUGGUUUUGGUACCACCGGCAACAAGACAACACAAAUGAAGGAGAUUGCUGCAUUUCUUAGCCAUGUUGGCAGUCAAACUUCUUGUGGAUAUGGAGUGGCAACCGGAGGACCUACGGCAUGGGGAUUAUGCUACAACAAAGAGAUGAGCCCGAGUCAAAAAUAUUGUGACGAUAACUACAAGUACACUUACCCUUGUGCCCCCGGAGCUGAUUAUUAUGGUCGUGGUGCUUUGCCCAUCUAUUGGAACUUUAACUAUGGAUACAUUGGCGACUGCCUGAACGUAGAUCUUCUGAACCACCCCGAAUACAUUGAACAAAACGCCACUUUAGCCUUCCAGGCUGCUAUCUUCCGAUGGUUAACACCCUUAAAGAAGGGUCAGCCAUCAGCCCACGAAGCCAUGGUCGGCACCUGGAAACCAACCAAAAACGACACUUUGUCCCAUAGAUAUCCUGGAUUUGGUACCACCAUGAACAUCCUGUACGGUGAACGUACGUGUGGAAAAGGCGAUGUUGACGACAUGAACAUCAUCAUCACCCAUUACUUAUAUUAUCUUGAUUUGAUGGGUGUUGGCCGAGAAGAGGCUGGGGCCCACGACGUGCUCACGUGCGCUGAACAGAAACCGUUUAACCCAUCGACCACUAAAAAAGAAGCGGCUUCCAGCUGAGCUUUGUUUGGUUCAACACUAUAUCGAUAUGGCUUCAAUAUCUCAAGAAAUAAAAGGUGCCCUUUGGAUGUUGCUGUGAAAUGUGUGGUAUGGAGGCUUGGUGGCUUGGAGCCAUAAUAGUGUGAAGCUGAGGGCUGGUGGAUUAAGAUCCAUGUCUUUAGUUUAUAGAUUCAAAAUCAUUUUGAUUUUAAAUGUUUGGUAUUUAUUUUGUGAUUUUUUAGUGAAAAUUACAGACAUCAAUAUUCUAUAAUUUUGUUCAGAUUAUGAAUCUUCAGUUUGGUUGUAUUAUAAAGUUUGUAAUAAAUGUGUAUGAAUAUUUUUCAAUGUUAAUUGUAAAAUUGCUUAUUUGUUAA